GCUAGUCAGCAGUUUCAAUAUGCACACUGGGCGCUAAAACUUAGACGCCAAGUCACAAGCAAUCAUCUCUUCCCUAUAUAUUUAACAGUAUUCAAUAAUUCUUAGAAAAGCGGAGAGAGUAGAGCAAAAUGAUGAUGAAGGGAGAAAUGUGGUCUAAUCUAGGCUCGACCAUGGCAGCCAUAAUGUUCAUGUAUGCCAUGUUUCGACAAUAUCUUCCUCCUCAGCUUCAGGACUAUAUCUUUCGAUAUAGUAAAAAGCUGUCGAAUUUUAUGUAUCCUUACAUUCAUGUAACGUUUGAUGAAUUCACUGGUGAAAGGAUGAAGCGUAGUGAAGCAUUCUCUGCAAUUCAGAACUAUCUCAGUGGCAAGUCCUCUGCUUUUGCUAAGCGGCUGAAGGCAGAUGUUGUUAAAGAUAGUCAGUCUUUAGUCCUUAGCAUGGACUAUGGUGAGGAAAUCACUGAUGAGUUUGAAGGAGUCAAGGUUUGGUGGGCUGCAAGAAGAAAUACUCCAAAAACACAACAGUUCUCAUUUUAUCCGUCUUCCGAUGAAAAGAGGUAUUACGUUCUCAAGUUCCAUAAACGUGACCGGGAAUUCAUCACCGGGACUUAUCUCAUUCAUGUGCUCAAACAAGGAAAGGCUAUAGCAGCAGAUAACCGGCAGCGGAAGCUCUACUCCAACAAUCCAGGCCAGAGUUGGUCUGGUUACAGAAGCACUAAAUGGAGCCAUGUAGUUUUUGAGCAUCCUGCUACAUUUGAUACUUUGGGAAUGGAUGCAAAGAAGAAAGAGGAAAUCAAGAAGGAUCUUAUCAAGUUUAGUAAGGGUAAAGAGUACUAUGCUAAGAUUGGAAAGGCUUGGAAGCGUGGUUAUCUACUUUAUGGUCCUCCAGGAACUGGCAAAUCUACCAUGAUUGCUGCCAUGGCUAAUUUUUUGAAUUAUGAUAUCUAUGAUCUUGAGCUUACUACAGUUAAGAAUAAUAUAGAGCUGAGAAGGCUUUUGAUUGAGACAUCAAACAAAUCUAUCAUAGUGAUAGAGGAUAUUGAUUGUUCUCUUGAUCUUACAGGCCAAAGAGAAAAACAGAAAAAGAAAGAUGAGAAUGAAGAAGAGAUGGAUCCAAUAAGUAAGAAGGCAAAAGAAGAGGAGAAAAAGGAUAGUGAGGUAACUUUAUCAGGGCUUUUGAAUUUUAUUGAUGGGCUUUGGUCAGCUUGUGGGGGUGAAAGAAUCAUUGUUUUUACUACCAACCAUGUUGAGAAGCUUGAUCCAGCUUUAAUAAGGAGAGGAAGAAUGGACAAGCACAUUGAAAUGUCCUAUUGUCGCUUAGAAGCAUUCAAGGUGCUUGCGAAGAAUUAUUUGGACAUUGACUGGCAUCCACUUUUCGGAGAAAUAAGCAGAUUGUUGGAGGAAACAGAUAUGACUCCCGCUGAUGUUGCAGAGAAUUUGAUGCUGAAGUCAGAUGAUGAUGAAGAGGAUGAGACUUGUUUGAAGAAUUUGAUUGAGGCCCUUAAGGAUGCAAAGGAGGAAGCAAGAAAGAAAGCUGAGGAAGAAGCUCGUCUAAAGGCUGAGAAAGAAGAGAAGGGAAAGGAACAAGCAGAGACAGAAGAAAAAGAAAAGGAACAAUCUGUUAGGGAGGAUGUCAAAGAAGACGCAAUAGCAGCCAAAGAAGUGAAAGAGAAUGGAGUCAUCCAUUAACUGCUAGGAUAUUAGGAUUAGUUGAACAAUCUUUAUUGUUCUGAACUUAGCUGUGAAAUAAUAACAACCAUUAGGAUACGCAGCACAAAGAUCUAAUGUUCCACCAAGUCUUGAUAUAAAGCAAUCUAAGUGAAUAGUGUGAACAAUUCAGUUGGUUCCAACAAA